CUCCAUCUACAUUCCCAAGCUCCGACUUCUCCCCUUCUAAAAUCGAAUUCACCAGCUCCAUCAACGCGGUGGAAAUGAUCUUUCCCGCCGUCCGCAGGACACGUCAAGCCAAGUCCCGCUUUCCCAACUCUAACUCCAAAAGCGGAAACACGACAUCCACACACACGCGCGCACAACCAACCCUCCAACCAUCUCUCUCUCUCUCUCUCUCUCUCUCUCUCUCUCUCUCUCUCUCUCUCUCUCUCUUUCUUCCACCCCAGAAUCCAAGAAACAACGCAGAAGAAGAUACAUAAACCAGAGGCAACAAACAAACGCACACUUGCAAAGUCUCACACAAGUCUGCCCUCU